AUGUCUGUACCUAACAAAGCUUUCGACCAAGCACUGCAAAAAUAUCUCGUUUCUGUAAGACCUACGUUUACGCCUUCCCAUCCCGACGAAGUUCUCAAGGUUGUGCGGACUUAUGUCGAGACAAAUCGGUUACAUCGUUCCAUGGAUUGGGCUGCCAGUGGAGUCUCAUUAAAUCCUGAGAUUGCCGGAGCCGUCUGGGGAUGUAUCAAGUUUAUUUUUACGGUUGUUUGCAAUUACUCAGCCUAUUUCAAUAAAAUUACCACCGUUCUCAAAGAUGUAUCUCGUCGUCUUCACUUCUACCAGGCAUAUGCCGUCGAUCUGUACAAAAACUCUUCAAGGGUUCAAGAAGCACUGGCUGACGCAUAUGGUUCCAUUUUGAAGUUUUGUUUUAAAGUUGAUUGUAUAUUUCGCGACCAAGUGUCAAGGAAACAGCUGAGUUCCUUUCGCAUCUUUCUCAAGUCAAUGAGUCCCUGGAGCUCUGCUCAGCUUGAUGAUAUCGUCACAGAGCUUGACGCUACUAGGCUCAUCUUGGAGUCCGAGGUUCAACAUGACGAUCGCGUAGAGACAUACUACGAACGCCGAGCUGCCCAAUUAGGAAGAGAGCAGAUGCAGCAGAUGAUUGCAAGGCAAGAGAAUAGACUGUGGUUACUCAGUCAAAGGGAGAAACGCUGGGACACAGAAGCAGUCAAGGAAGAACACAAGGAAGCAGAAUCUCAUCGACGGGCAUUCCUCAAGAAAAUCUCGCAUGCCAGCUGCGAGGAUAAACAUGAAGAAUGCUGUCUGAAGCUACAUGAAAAUUCUUCGUCGGGGCAGUGGCUUCUCAACUUGCCUCAAUAUCAGGAAUGGAAGUCAGGACGGGCGGGCUUUUUAUGGUUUUACGGAAAACCCGGCAUCGGGAAGACCGUUUUAACGUCAAUUGUGAUCCAAGAUCUGCUGCGACAAAGCACUGACAAUGCUGCUGCAGUAGCGUACUUUUAUUGUCAACACGAUCAAACUGCAAAAACGGAGCCUCUUAAAAUACUCGGGACCAUUCUUUACCAGAUCGUAUCACGAAUUCCCGCUUCUCGUAUUCAGCAACUGGAGGACAACAAAAUCUCACUCACGACAGUCAUGGGGCUGGAGAAGCUAAUCAAAAUGGCAUGUGAAGAUUUCUCUCGGACCUAUGUCGUGAUUGAUGCCCUGGAUGAAUGUGCUAACGGGGGUGCACAAGUUACGGUUCUCGCUUCACUGAAACGGCUCCACAGCUCCUCUCGUCUUCAUAUUCUGAUACUGAGCCGUUGGACAUCGCAGAUGGAUAGAAUGCUCAGGGCGAUUCCUUCCUUUGAUAUCUCAGAUUCAGGUGGAAUCCUAUCUGAUUUACGAGAGUAUGUCCACAGGCGGGUAUACUCUCCAGCCGAAGACGAGCCCGUCGUUCGAAUCUCCAACCCCGAUCUUCGUCAGGCAAUUGUUGAUACUCUGGUGGAAAGAGCGGAUGGGAUGUUUUUAUGGGUGGACUUUCAAAUUCUUCAUCUCUGCGAACAACAGACUGAUCACGAUAUAAGAUCAUCCCUUACUCAACUUCCUCGUGGUCUAGACGCUACCUACGUCCGUAGUCUUACCUCAAUGUCCACGCUUGACGAGCGAAGGAGGAUGCGGGCCAAACGUGCUUUGCAAUGGCUCGUGUGCACUCGAACUUUGAUCUCUCUCGAGUUACUCCAACAGUGCAUAGCUGUUGAUGACAUGGAUGAUGAAUGGGACCCUGAAAACGUCGUUACCGACCCCAUGGCUCUGAUCUCUGAUUGCGCUAACCUUGUCCAAAUUACUGAGGCUGAUGGGCGCAAGUUCGUACACUUUGUCCAUGCCUCGGUGAAAGAGUUUCUCACUACAGCCCGUCGGAACGAAGAAUUAUCUCUUGAAACUAGAUACUUCAUCUUCGAGUCUAUACCAAAUGGACAUUUGUCUGUUUUCAAGACGUGUCUCAAAUGUGCACAGUUAUUCGAAAAACAUGUUGGUCAGAUCCCCUGUGCUGCUCUGAUCAAAUACAUUCGAGGGACAGAGUAUCUCUGGCAUCUGCACCAUACAGACCGAGUGGCGGAACUAGCAACGCUACUGGGAAUGUAUCUGCAAAUGUUUUCCAUGAGGAUGUCUCCUCUAAACCAGAGAGAUGAGAAUGGUGAAGCGGUUGAUACAAUGAACGCCCUGCACAUUGCAGCAGACCUCUCCUGUCAUCGCCUCGUCGAGUACAUGAUUGCUUCGUACGGUUUCGAUGUAAUGCAGCGUGAUCUACUUGGUAGAACCCCUCUCCACUACGCUGCCGGAUGCCCUCUUACACAGUUCCAAUUUGCCGAUGCAAGCCUUCGGAGCACACGCUUUCUUCUUACCAAAGGAGCAGAUGUUCACGCUGCGGACAAACAUGGAUGUACCCCUCUCCAUCUUGUCACCCGGACAUGGUUCAGUUAUGACAAUGAAGGAGCACAGUUGUUCAUGACUCUACGUUCCAGUGACGUCGAUCAUCUUACUGGGCACGUACAAGCCGAAGCUGAUGCAUCCGGUCGAUAUCCUCGGGAGAUUAGUCCCGUUACAUCAGUGGCAUCAUUCCAUGUUAUGGGGAAGCACUCUGCUGAAAGCAAUGUGCGUGACACACUCCUGAAGAUCGCGCAAAAAGCAGGCGUACAUGUUGACGAUCGAUAUGCAAUGGCGCAUGCAUCUAUUGGUCAUAUACGCUCUGUUUCUCGCCAUCUGAUAGAGCUCCUUCUUGAGAGCGGUGCGGAUCCAAACAAACCAGACUCGCUUGGACAGACGCCAUUUCGUGGGAUCAUUCGGGGAGGUGGUGGCAGUGGUCCUUGGCGGAUGAAUAUUAGACCAAGCGGAUCUGGGGCUAAUGUUCUGACUUCAGAGGUUCUUGCUAGUACUUCAGUCAAGAUAGAUAAAUCUGCAAUGGGCAAGCUGGAAGCAAUCAUACGAUGA